AUGAAACGCGGGGCAGAGGAGCGCUCCGUGCCAUUUAGAGGCUCCGCAUCGACCCCCAACUCGGACAUGUGGCACCGCCGACGUAUUCCCUUGCACCAAGGCUACGCACGCCGCAUACUAAUGGGCGGCACAGGCAGCAAAACACAACAGCGAUCACCGCGCAGCGCGGCGCCCGGCAGCGCACCGCCACCCCGACUUCGGCGUUUCCAGCUUCUGCUGAAAAAGUGCCUCAGAGUCCAAUCACCAAGAAAAAAAAACACAUCUCCUCAUCCUCCUCCCUGCACAAAACCCUGGAAUCCCAUGUUCUCCUGCAUGCUGGAGCCCAGCACGCUCCUGACCAGCAGUUCUUUGGCAAUUCCUCAGGCUUUGCUGCUUAAAACAGCCUCAUAUGAAUACAGCACUACGGUACCUACUGCACAGAUGCUGCCCCAUAUGUGUCAUCCCCUGGAGCAAACAUUUCCAGAACACUUACUCACUCAUGGGUCAUCUCAAGAUAGUUAUUUAAAUACUGCCUUUGACAGAAGUAUUUAUGACUACCCAAACUUGCAGCAUACUUUGUAACAAACGAGUCUGUUCUCUCACAGACCAGACACUUUGCUUUAAGAACUCUGACUUUGUUGUUUCAGUUGUUCUGGGAAUAACAGCCAAUAUUUCAGUUGCUUUGUUUUGCUGUUAUGAGUAAAACAUACCCAAAAAGAUGUAGCACGUUAUUGACGCGCUUCCCUGAGCCAUACCUAAACUGCAAAAAUAGAACUUUUGAAAACUAUCAUAUAUAUAACUCAAAUCUGUAGGAAGAGUCAAGUGCAGGAGCUGAUUCCUGGAAUGGUUAUGUUUACAAUAUUUUCUGAUUUUAAAACUCAGCACUGCUACAUCCCAGGACACUAAGUAUCAGCCCACCAAACCUGACUUUGAUGUGGUAUACACACCACAAGCUCAGGUGUUGAAAUCAGUUUUACUCCAUUUGCUCCCGUUACAGCCAAAUGAGACAGGCUGGCGUUAUCUGUACCACCAAGUACGUUUGAUUCUGCAAGCUCUAGCAAGGGAACUGGGUCUAUUUCACAGCAGUAGAAAAAGGUGCCUGCCUACAUCAGAAAUAGCCUUAAGUAGCUAUCGCAGAUCGCUACAAUACAAAGAGCUUUUAUGGACGUACACAGGUUAUUCUAACAGACUCCAAAACCAAACCAGAGAAUUAGAGACUCAAAACCAGAACGUGCUUCUUUCAUUUUCCUCCUCUCAAUAGCGACUCCUUAUCUUAACCCUCGCUUCACCUCAGUACUUACAUGAAAGAAAGCUACCAUAUUUCGGCAAGUGUAGUAUUACACUUCACUGAGGCACUGCCCUCCUUUCAACUGCCAUAAACGAAGCAUUCACACCUCUCUGCCCUGCAAUUCAGUAGGUAUCUGCAGAUAAGACGGCAGCUUCCCAGCAUUUCUGACUCAGCUCAGCACAACUCCCAAGGCUCUAGGUCAAACAUCUGGAAGCAGCACCUGCCACCCCCUCCUCGUUUCAACGGCAUGAAAAUCGCACAGAAUAUCGCAUCUACAUAUAUAUUUGUACAUUCUUUCUCAAUUCCCUUGUUUGGUCAGCCCAAACAAAUUAUACAAAAUAGUCUUCAAAUAUUUACUGUACAUGGCUGCUAAAAAAGAAUAUUCUACGCUUCGUAAAAUCUACCUCAUGAUUUCAGGUGGAGGUUAUCUAAAACUGGGCGCCUGAAUUACAGUGUAUGAAUUCACUGUCUUAGUUUCAGAUAUACCAAACUCUACAAGCACAAAG